AUGACGGUAAAGAACGUGAUUCUUGAAAAUUGCAUCCAGCCUUCUGAGUACAAGAGAUUUACUUCCUUUUUGAGCUGGCUUGUAAUAUACUUGGCUUCUGAAUCUUACUUCACAGUUCUGAAGCCAGAAUUCAGCCGGGCGGCUGCCGCCCUCCCCGGCCUUCGUCUGCGGCGCGACUCCUCGCCCGAUCUCUUCGAGGUGCCCUCCAACACCUCCCUGGUUCUGGGCGGCAUCAACACGGGCUUCGACUGCGCUGACCUCCCCUACGGCUACUACGCCGACGAGGCCAACAACUGCGCCAUCUUCCACGUGUGUCUGCCCUACAUCGACCACAACGUGUACAUCUCCCGCCACUUCUCCUUCAUGUGCGCGCCUGGUUCCAUCUUCGACCAGGAGCGCCUCGCAUGCACCCGCCCCGAGUUCGCCCGUCCCUGCGCAGGCGGCGAAGGCUACAGGACCUCCAACGGCUACUUCGGCCGGAGUGACAUUAACUUCCUCGAGGAAUGAAAAAGGAAGCUCGAGUCCUCAGUUACGCUUCUUGGAGUUAAAAUUCAAAAAUUAAAACUGUCGCCUUGAA